CUGUGGCAGAAUGAGCGCUGUGCACCCGGAUGUUGACAGGCCUGCUGCUGUGGCUACUGCUGCCGCUAUCACGUUUCCAGAAGUCCCCUCAUCUCUAGAACUUUCUUGUCACUACAGAAACACUGCACACACCCGCAGCAAAUCCAUGGCAACCGAAAGUAGCUUCCCCGAUAGCUUCAUUGACGAAGACCCACAGAAAGCUCUGGAGGAACUUAAUAAGGCCUUGCAAGGAGACUCUGACAACGCUCAGUGGUUUUGCCAGCGUGCCUAUGCCCACAUACUUCUCAAAAACUACAGCUGCGCUGUUGAUGAUGCCAAAAAAGCACAGCAGCUAAAAUCCAGCCUUCCCCUUGCUUUCAUGCGAACAGGAAUAGCAGAAUACCACCUGAAGCUCUUUGAGUCAGCACAUGCAGCUUUUACUCAGGGACACCAACUGGAUGUUUCUGACAAAUCAUUUGAGGUCUGGAUCAAGCGGUGUGAAGAAAUGAUGGGGGAGGGGAGACAGAUCGGCAGCGGCAACAGGGGGGGGGAGCAGACGCCAGCAGCUCCACCUGUGAAACAUGACUGGUACCAAACAGAGUCUCAAGUCAUCGUCACAGUCAUGGCAAAAAAUGUACCCAAGGAUGGUGUGUGUGUCAACUACACGGAAAGAGAGCUCUCUGCCACGAUAAAGCUGGCAUCAGAAGAGAACUACAACCUGGACCUGCACCUCCUCCACUCCAUCGUCCCUCAACAGAGCAACUUCAAGAUCCUCACCACCAAGGUGGAGUUCAAGAUGAAGAAGGCAGAUGCCAUUAGAUGGGAGAAGCUGGAGGGAGAAGGACAGGAGUCCAACAUCAAACACUUCAAUCCAAAUGACUACCCAUCAUCGUCCCAAGGCGCACGCAAAUGGGACAAGAUAAUGGUGGACAUCAGCGAGGAGGAGAAAAAUGAGAAGCUGGAGGGAGACGCAGCGCUCAACAAGCUCUUCCAACAGAUCUACUGCGAUGGAACGGACGAGGUCAAACGGGCCAUGAACAAGUCCUUCAUGGAGUCGGCAGGUACAGUCCUGAGCACCAACUGGACCGAUGUGGGCAAGAGAAAAGUGGAUAUGAACCCACCGGACGACGUAGACUACAAGAAAUACUGAGCAUUUCUCUCUGUCUCUCUUUGUUUGACAUCAUCUUUCUUCACAUCUGUCCGGCGGGAGUCCUUGUUGCCAUGCAGUCUCGGUGGCGGCCCUCUUCAAAACCCCUCAGUUGUACUCUGGUGUUUUCACUAAGUGCUCAGUGUUCCCACUUCUCACUCUCUGCAAUAACUUGCUUGGUAUGAAAAGUCUGUUGAACAGAUUGAUUUGCUGAUUUUUUUAAAGGCCAAUGGACUCUUAAGGGAAAGUCUGAAUUCAAAUGUGACUGACAAUUCCACUUUCACACACUCUUCCCUCUGCUCUGCCUUUACCUGGUUUUCUCAAAUAAUAAACGCCCGCAGCCUUUCUAUUCGGGAGCCUUUUAUAAGUUCCUAUUAUCAGAACUUGUAUGAAAAUGUAAAAGAAAAUAAGAACUUGAGAUGAUAAACUAUAACUAUGAUUGCAUUUCUUCCCUCCUGCAGUUUUCUUCUUUCUUCCCGCUCAGUAAAAAGUCAACAGCAACACUCUGACUUGUCGGGAAUGUUGUGUGACACGUCAGCUUAGCACCAGUCGUUCCUUCAGUGUGAUUCAAGCUUCUGUGUAAAUAAAAGAUUUGUUGUUUGGCUCACAAA